UGAUCUCAGUUCUUCGACGUGUCGACAACAGGCAGCAUUUGAGCGCUUCAUCGGCAGUCAGAUUGAAGGCCAACCAGUUGCAUCAGCUCAAGGCGUGACUUUGUCCGACUGCAUAUCGCUGUGCUUCCAGAAUCUCAACUGCAAGAGUAUUAACUAUGACCGCACUCAGAUGACGUGCUAUGUGUUUUCGGCUGGACGAGCAGACGCGCAAAUCAAAUCAAAUCCAUCCACCGAUUACUACGAGUUUAACUGCGGCAGGUUUUACUGUCAGAUCAGUGUUAGUCCUAGAAAACUUCAACGCCUGGCAGUAGAAAAAUCGCAGUUUGGUGGUAUGGCGUUGUGCACCAACGAAGGCAUACGCUUCAUCGUAAACACGAAAGAGCCAUACACGGGCGCAAUCUAUGCUGCAGAACGAUUCGGUACAUGCUCACAGGUUGUGGAGAAUGCUAAGCAAAUAUCCAUCAAUUUUCCGCCACCUACUGUUUCUGGCGAUUGUGGAACCGUGAUCAAGGAUGGCAAACUGGAAGCAUUGGUGGUUGUAUCGCUGGAUGGUGUGCUUCCACAUCAGGUUACAACAGAAUGGGAUCGUUUCUAUCGUGUAUCUUGUGAUAUCUCUAUGGACAAGAUGAUGCGGGAGGGCACAGUCGUCGUUACCACCAUUUAUGACGCCGGGGAAGCAAAUACUCGUGUUCUUGCCAUGGGCACACCGCCUCCGGUAACAGCAACGCUAUCGUUCUUAGGCGCUGAUGAUCAGCCACUGGAGAAGGCUUCAAUUGGCGACCCAAUCCAAGUGGUCGUGACAUCAGAGCAGGCUGGGCCGCAUAAUAUGAUGAUAACCGAAUGCACAGCAACAAGAGUUGGCGGAGAGGGUGACGCCGUACCUUUUACAAUCAUCGAAAAUGGGUUAGCGCAGCGCCGUUAUUUAAAAACAGUCCAGUCCAUUUAACA